AUGCCCCAACUAAAUACCACCACAUGGCUCACCGUCAUCACUCCAACACUUCUUGCACUAUUCCUCAUCACCCAGUUAAAACUAUUAAACUCACACCUCCACCCACCCACCCCACCAAAAUUUACCAAAACAAAACCCCACGCCAAACCCUGAGAACUAAAAUGAACGAAGAUCUAUUCACCCCAUUCACUACCCCCACAGUCCUAG